AUAGAGAAUUGGAAAAGACCAGAAGUGUUUCUUGAAAACAAGAAGUGGAAAAGAAACCUAGAAGCUGGAAUCAGGUUUCAGUAUUCCAAACACUACCCCGAAAAAAGCCAAAAUAUUUGAACCGGAAGUGAGAAAUAGGAAGUGGGCUACGGAGGACAAUAAAGUUACACCCGAGCGUGGAGUCCCAGGAUUCGGAGUCCUUGGUGCGGAUCGAUGUAAGGCGGCGAGGAAGGGAACCCGAAACAAAUGGCUUUCCCUGAGCCGAAACCACGGGGCCCGGAGCUGCCGCAAAAACGGGUGAAGACGCUAGACUGCGGGCAGGGGGCAGUGCGAGCUGUACGAUUUAACGUGGAUGGCAAUUACUGUCUGACGUGCGGCAGCGACAAGACCCUGAAGCUGUGGAAUCCGUUGAGGGGGACGCUGCUGCGAACGUACAGCGGCCACGGCUACGAGGUGCUGGAUGCGGCCGGCUCCUUUGACAACAGCAGUCUCUGCUCCGGCGGCGGGGACAAGGCGGUGGUGCUGUGGGAUGUGGCAUCGGGGCAGGUCGUGCGCAAAUUCCGGGGCCACGCGGGGAAGGUGAACACGGUCCAGUUUAAUGAAGAGGCCACAGUCAUCUUGUCUGGCUCUAUUGAUUCCAGCAUACGGUGCUGGGACUGCCGGUCGCGGAGGCCUGAGCCGGUGCAGACGCUGGACGAAGCCAGGGAUGGCAUAUCCAGUGUGAAGGUGUCAGACCAUGAGGUCCUGGCAGGCUCCGUGGAUGGCCGGGUGAGGCGCUAUGACCUGAGGUUGGGGCAGCUCUUCUCAGACUACGUGGGCAGCCCCAUCACCUGUACCUGCUUUAGCCGGGACGGGCAGUGCACCCUGGUCUCCAGCCUGGACUCCACGUUGCGGCUUCUAGACAAGGACACAGGGGAGCUGCUGGGCGAGUACACCGGCCAUAAGAACCAGGAGUACAAGCUGGACUGCUGCCUGAGUGAGCGUGACACACACGUGGUCAGCUGCUCCGAGGACGGGAAGGUGUACUUCUGGGACCUGGUGGAGGGUGCCCUGACGCUGGCCCUUCCUGUGGGUCCCGGCGUGGUGCAGUCGCUGGCCUUCCACCCCACGGAGCCCUGCCUGCUGACCGCCACGGGGGGCAGCAUCCAGUGCUGGCGGGAGGAGGCUUAUGAGGCUGAUGGUGGCACUGGGUGAAGGUGGGGGACCCACCACCACCAAGGACACAGACACGGACUCAAAAGGAUCAUGGAGACCAUUUAUUUUAGACACACAGCUGACCAAGGAGGGAGGAAGGGACCGGGUUUGCAAGCUAAUAAAUAUAGGAGAGGGGAGACCUCCCUGAGCCACAG